AAGUAACUUGCCAAAGGUCCCACAGCUAAUGAAUGAUAGAGCCUAGAUUUGAACCUAGGUAGUCUGGCUCCCUGGCCAGUUCUCUUGUGCAGGAUGUUAUAGCCCCUCUUACCCGUCGGACCCUGUGGUGGUGAGUCAGAGUCUCACCAUCUCUUCAGGAGGGCCCAGGGUGGGGAGAAGCCCGUGGAGCUGAGAGUCAAGAGCCUAGAAUGAAAGUCCUGGCCCUUCUGCUUGCAUCUGUGUGGUUCAAGCAGGUUACUUCAUCUUCUCUGAGUCUUGGUUCUUUCAUCUGCAAAGUGAGGGCAAUCAUGGGGCCUACCCCGAAACUUGUCGGUAGGACUGUAUAAAAUACUGCCGGGCAACACAGUGCUAUGGGCAAAGGAACGGAGGGAGGUACCAGGUCAAGGCUGUGCUGGCCAAGUGGCCCUGGGGAAGUUAUUUAACUGCUCUCUGAGCCUUAGUUUCAUCCUCCAGAUAAUGGAGAUAAUAAAACGCUUGAUGUGAGAUUUAAAUAAGACUACAAGUAUGAAAGGGCUUAGCACAGCUCAGCACAGGUUAGCUUUAAUAUUUUGCACAAGGGAUGGGAGAGUUGCAAAUCAGGACAAUGCUACUACUGUAAUGAGGCUGGUCUUCAGCUCUAAGGCAAACCAAGUUCCUGUGACUGUUCGGGACAGGGAGACAUCAAUGACAUCAUGGCUUUGGCACACUCCAGCUGUUAAAGGGUCCUGUGCUCUAGGAUUCUGCAACCCCAUGUGGUCUCAACCAGCAGCAGCAGUAGCAGGGAACCUGUCAGAAAUGCACUUUCAGGUUCCACCCCAGACCUCCUGAGUCAGAAUCUGCACUUUGACAAGACCCCCCAGCUAACUCCCAUAUACAUACACUCAAGUUUGAAAAGCACUGGUGUAGCAUGGAAAGAAAGAAUGGUAAUUACAGUUGUGGGCCUGGGAUGGGAAGGGUUAAUGUGCAGUUUGGCUCCUGCCAAGGCACCGGAAACAGAAGUUUUCAGAGAUUGAAGUGUAUGAACUGAUGGGACAGGAAGGCUCCCUUCCUGCCUGUGUCCAGGAUGGCCAGGGGCUCCAGCCCGGGACCUGCACUGAGCCCCGAGCUGUGCGCUGGAGCAGCUGCUCCCCGAGCUCACGGGGCUGCUCAGCCUCCUGGACCACGAGUACCUCAGUGACAAAACCCUGGAGAAGAAGAUGGCCGUGGCCUCCAUCCUGCAGAGCCUGCAGCCUCUCCCAGCAAAGGAAGUCUCCUACCUGUAUGUGAACACAGCCGACCUCCACUCCGGGCCCAGCUUCGUGGAGUCCCUCUUUGAAGAAUUUGACUGUGACCUGAGUGACCUUCGGGACAUGCCGGAGGAUGAUGGUGAACCCAGCAAAGGAAAUAACCCUGAGCCAGCCAAGAGCCCGUCUCUGAAACAUGCAGCAGACCUGCCUCCACCGCUCCCCAACAGGCCUCCACCCGAGGACUACUAUGAGGAGGCCCUUCCCCUGGGGCCAGGCAAGUCCCCUGAGUACAUCAGCUCUCACAAUGGCUGCAGCCCAGCCCAGUCCACUGUGGACGCCUACUACGAGGACGCGGACAGCAGCUACCCCUCGACCAGGAUGAACGGAGAGCUGAAGAACUCCUACAAUGACUCUGACGCAAUGAGCAGCUCCUACGAGUCCUAUGACGAGGAGGAAGAGGAAGGAAAGGGGCUGCAGCCCACGCACCAGUGGCCCUCCGAGGAGGCCUCCAUGCACCUGGUGAGGGACUGCAGGAUAUGUGCCUUCCUGCUGCGGAAAAAGCGCUUUGGGCAGUGGGCCAAGCAGCUGACCGUCAUCAGGGAGGACCAGCUCCUGUGUUAUAAAAGCUCCAAGGACCGGCAGCCACAUCUGAGGCUGACACUGGACACCUGCAAUGUCAUCUAUGUGCCCAAGGACAGCCGGCACAAGAGGCAUGAGCUGCGCUUUUCCCAGGGGGCUACCGAGGUCUUGGUGCUUGCACUGCAGAGCCGGGAGCAGGCCGAGGAGUGGCUGAAGGUCAUCCGAGAGGUGAGCAAGCCCAUCGCUGGGGCCGACGGGGCAGACGUGCCCAGAUCCCCAGUCCUCCCAUGCAGACUGGACCUGGACAAGAGGCUGUCCCAAGAGAAGCAGACCUCAGACUCCGACAGCCUGGGCAUGGGCGACAACUGUUCCACCCUUGGCCGCCGAGAGGCUUGUGAACACGCAACAGGCAAAGGGAAGAAGAGCAGCCUGGCAGAGCUGAAGGGUUCGGUGAGCAGGGCCGCAGGCCGCAAGAUCACCCGCAUCAUCAGCUUCUCCAAGAGGAAGGCGCUGGCCGAUGACCUGCAGGCGUCCUCCACGGAAGAGGAGGUUCCCUGCUGUGGGCAUCUGAACGUGCUGGUGAACCACGGCUGGAAGGAGCGCUGGUGCCGCCUGAAACACAACACUCUGUAUUUCCACAAGGACCGCACAGACCUUCGGACCCACGUGAAUGCCAUUGCCCUCCAAGGCUGUGAGGUGGUCCCGGGCUUUGGGCCCAGACACCCAUUUGCCUUCAGGAUCCUGCGAAACCGGCAGGAGGUGGCCAUCUUGGAGGCAAGCUGCUCAGAGGACAUGGGCCGCUGGCUCGGGCUGCUGCUGGUGGAGACGGGCUCCAAAGUCACCCCCGAGGCGCUGCACUACGACUACGUGGACGUGGAGACCUUGACCAGCAUUGUCAGUGCAGGGCGCAACUCCUUCCUAUAUGCAAGAUCGUGCCAGGACCAAUGGCCGGAGCCCCGUGUCUAUGAUGAUGUCCCUUAUGAAAAGAUGCAGGACGAUGAGCUGGAACGGCCCACUGGGGCCCAGGUGAAGCGCCACGCCUCCUCCUGCAGUGAGAAGUCCCAUCGCGUGGAUCCGCAGGUCAAAGUCAAACGCCAUGCCUCCAGUGCCAAUCAAUACAAGUACGGUAAGAACCGAGCUGAGGAGGAUGCCCGGAGGUACCUGGUAGAAAAGGAGAAGCUGGAGAAAGAGAAGGAGACGAUCCGGACAGAGCUGAUGGCACUGCGGCAGGAAAAGAGGGAGCUCAAGGAUGCCCUUCGGAAUAGCCCAGGAGCAAAGACAAAGGCUCUGGAGGAGGCCGUGGCCACCCUGGAAGCUCAGUGCCGGGCGAAGGAGGAGCACCGGAUCGACCUGGAGCUGAGGCUGGUGGCUGUGAAGGAGCGCUUACAGCAGUCUCUGGCAGGCGGCCCGGCCCUGGGACUCUCUGUGAGCAGCAAGAACAAGAGUGGGGAAACUACAAAUAAACCCCAGAAUAAUGCUCCAGAGCAACCUCUCCCUGUCAACUGCGUUUCUGAGCUGAGGAAAAGGAGCCCAUCAAUUGUAACUUCCAACCAAGGACGGGUGCUGCAAAAAGCCAAGGAAUGGGAAAUGAAGAAGACCUAGAAAGAGGAUGAGAGUUCUAUCCAAAGGAGAUAUCAGCUUGCCCGUCUAAGGCGGAAAUGCUUUCCUCACAAGGCGAUAUCAGAAGAUGAAAGUAGCCCCCACUCUCCGGGGCACCCAAAAGACCAGCCUUUAUUGUCUGCAUGAUUAUAGGGGGUAUAGGGAGGGAAGAAGUAGGAGGGAAGAGGGGAAUGAAGGGCAUCGCUAUGUAACUUUACAGAGGGUGGAAAAUGAGGGUGGAGGGAGACAGAAUCUGCACAGUUGUAAGGGUUUUGUUAAAUGUCUUUGCCUUCCCUUCUGAAAUGAAAGCACAUGUGAAUAAGCCAUUCCAUCCCAUGCUCGGCAUCCCAUUCCCAGUCCUUAGGGCAAAGGAAGGCGGUGCCUUAGCAUCAGUGGUGCAAUACAGAGAGAAGACUUGACCAUCCAAUCACACUUGCGCCAGUUGGAUUUGUGUUGGCAUUACUAACAGCCUUUGGGCAAGAUAAAUAGGCUGAAAAAUUAGUAGCACUAUCCCUAUCUGCAUAAAGGUGAACAAAAGCUAUAGAGAACAUACAAAUUCUACAGUCAUUCCACAUCUGCUUUAGGCAGAUGCAGCUACCAGAACUCCAGGUUUGAGUUGUUUUCAUAUCAGAGAUCUAAGCAGUAGGUGAGGCUACGUUCAGUAACUGACAUAUUUUAAGCUCAGAGUGAUACUCAGCGACAGGAGCAUGGAUUUCUAAUGUCCACAUGUUGCAAACUUUGUAGGGUGGGGUCAUUUGCUGUCACUUAAAUCCUUUAUCUAUUUUAUAUGACACUCGGGCUCUAGGAGUUAUGAUUAGAAAUGUGAUACUUUACCUGUUUAUCCUUGUCUUGCACUCAGAGGCCCACCUGUCUGCUCUUCCUUAUCUGCUCUCAGGAAAAACUGUCAGGGAGAACCCAGAGGACAGUGGCUCAUUUCUGCCACACGAGUGCCUUUUAAAACACGUGAUACUUUUAGAGAGGAGCAAGGACCUCAAGUCCUGGGCAGUUUCCUUAUGGUGCCUCUCACCACUUAUUCAACACUGUAGGCACUUUUUAAGUCUUUAACACAUUUCCCUCCAACAAAGAUAAAGUUAUUUAGCUGUGUGCACUCAGAGGUUAGCUCAAUGAGAGAGAAGGGAAACACCAUAAUAACUUCUGGACACUUCCCUAGAGGCUUCACGUACUUCACCCUGCCUAAGGCUUUACACACUUGAGCCUUGUCCAAACUUUUCCAUCCUCUGAGGUUGCUGGAGACCAGAGCAAGAAAAAUAACCUGACCCAAAGUGCCCAGCUGGUCAGUGGCAGAGCAUAAGGCUUAGGGCUUAUAGAGCCCAGGUCUGGACAGGGCUGGGUUUGAGCCCUGCCUCUGCCACUUAAUGGCUGUAACUUUGGGAAUGUUACUUGACCUCACUCAUUCUUGUCUUCCUUACCUAUCAAACCAGGUUAACAACAGUACUCUCCUCCCAAGACUGUUGGGGGAAUUCAAUGAGAUAAUAAUACGUGGGAAGCAUCUUGCACAGUGUCUGAGAAAUAUUAAAUGCCCAGUCAUUAGUGGUUCUCACUAUUAACUGGAUAAGAAAUGUCUGGCUCAAAAUCCUGUGUCCUUUCCACUGAAGAAGAAAUGGCUUUUGCAUGGUAAUUACAACCAGCAAAAACUAUAAGGCAACCAAUCUGAAACUGAGUUUUCAUCCAGAUUCCACCUGAAUAUCUUCAAUGACAAAGGCACUCACGUAAUCUGUAUCGUCAAUGUGCUUUUUUAAAAUGUGGAUCUGGAAUGUCAACCUGACAACCCAAUUGUGCCCUCAUUAUUUCCCAUGCAGUUAUUUUGAAGCUAAGUAUCUUUUUCCACCAAUAGAUCUUAGACUCUUUGAGAAGUAGGACCCUAGGAAAUUAAUAAUUAACAUUUAUUGAACA